AUGGCCUUUGUCCUAGAGACAUUGCCCAAGCCAUUGCUAACUUUCUGCCUCACCAGCCACUGCAGAGCGGUGGCUGUGGCUCUGCUCUUCCCCAUGGCCAUGGGCCUUAACAAGGGCCACAGGAUGACCAAGAACAUGAGCAAACUGAGGCACAGCCACCUCCUCGGGCGCCUCACCAAGCACACCAAGUUCAUGCGGGACAUGAUCCGGGAGGUGUGCAGCUUCACCCCUUAUGAGCGGCAGGCCAUGGAGCUGCUCAAGGUCUUCAAGGACAAGCAGGCCCGCAAGUUCAUCAAGAAAAGGGUGAGGACAUACAUCCGUGCCAAGAGGAAGAGAGAGGAGCUGAGCAAUGUCCUGGCCACCAUGAGGAAAGUGGCAGCCAAGAACAACUGA